AUGCAAAGUAAUGAUAAUAAGAUUAUCUACAGAAUUCCUUUGUAGCUUGCUGUCUCAAAAACUCCAUUGUACAUCAGAGUUGAGUUUCCUCCCCUUUACCCCUCAUAAGCACCUUUUAUUCAAGUUCUAGCAAGAGUAAUUCAUCAAGAUUUGCAUCCAUAGACUAAACACUACUAAGGCAAGAUGAUAAGGGAGUGGGGAAUUCAUUCUACCAUUUUAAAUGUUAUGAGAUAAAUUCAUGCCGAAUUUAAUCUAAAUCCUCCCUUACCAGAAUCCGUUAAUCAGCCAUAAAAUUAAUAGCAAAUGUUGCAGCAAGUUUAACCUCAAUUUAAUCAUAUUUAACCACAGAAUCAGAACAUGUAGCAUUUAAAACUCAACAGUAUGAAUCAAUAGUAAGAAGAAAGAAUAUCAGAACAGGAUGCAAUUAAACUAUAAAAGAUGAAAUCUAUUAAUAAGGUCGAGGACAAAUUGAAGGAGCUAGUACAUCCACCCACUAAACAGCAAUUUAUGAAUGUGCUUAAUAAUCUCAGCUAUGAUGAACUUAAGGAAAUGAACGAGAAUGAAUAAUACCUGAGAGAUUUUAUGGUCGAAAGGGACGAGUUCUUGAAAUUUGACAAGGAAGUUGAUGGGAUCGCUGAUAAGGCUGAGAUAAUAGCCAAUGAGAAUAUAAAGAAAUACGACGAACUACAGAAAGCAAUGGAUGAACACCAAAAGCUCAUAAAUGCCUACAACAUCAAAAAAGAAAAAUUAGUCUUAGGUUAGAGACAAAUCGAAGACUUAAAGUCAAAGGUACAUCCUAGAGAGCAAGCUAAAGAAAUUGAGAAGGAAGCAACUAGUCUGUCAAAGCAAUCUGAAGUAAUCAGAAAAUAAUUCAAGGAUGGUUCUCUUAACACUAAAGAUUUUAUUGAUAGUUAUAUUUCAUCUAGAAUCAAAUACUACGAAGCUGAAUAUAUUAAGUAGCAAUUAGUAGCUAUGGGCAAUAAUUAUUAAUGA